AGCGGCGGCGCAGGCGCGCGCGGGCGGCGGUAGGGCCACCAUCAUGUCGCGGGAGUUCGAGCUGUGCCCCGGGCGCCGCAUCGGCGGCGAGCACCCCUGCUUCAUCAUCGCGGAGAUCGGGCAGAACCACCAGGGCGAUCUGGACAUCGCCAAGCGCAUGAUCCGCAUGGCCAAGGAAUGUGGAGCAGACUGUGCUAAGUUCCAGAAGAGCGAACUGGAGUACAAAUUCAACAAGAAAGCCUUAGAAAGACCCUAUACCUCUAAACAUUCCUGGGGAAAGACCUAUGGGGAGCACAAGCGCCACUUGGAGUUUAGUCAUGACCAAUAUAGAGAGCUCAAGAAAUAUGCAGAAGAGAUUGGCAUUUUCUUCACAGCUUCUGGCAUGGAUGAGAUGGCUGUGGAAUUUCUACAUGAACUGGAUGUUCCAUUUUUCAAAGUAGGAUCAGGAGAUACAAACAAUUUUCCAUAUUUGGAAAAGACUGCAAAGAAAGGUCGCCCAAUGGUGAUUUCCAGUGGGAUGCAGUCAAUGGACACAAUGCAUCAGGUUUAUCAGAUUGUGAAGCCCAUCAAUCCAAACUUCUGCUUCCUGCAAUGCACCAGUGCAUACCCGCUUCAGCCAGAGGAUGUCAAUCUCCGUGUUAUAUCGGCAUAUCAGUCAGCUUUUCCUGAUAUCCCCAUUGGCUAUUCGGGACACGAAACGGGCAUAGCCAUUUCAGUGGCAGCUGUUGCUAUGGGUGCUAAAGUACUGGAACGCCACGUAACUCUCGACAAAACAUGGAAAGGAAGUGACCACCAAGCAUCCCUGGAACCAGAUGAACUGGCAGAGUUAGUGAAAGCCAUCCGUACUGUGGAAAAAGCAAUGGGUUCUCCAGUCAAACAACUCUUGCCCUGUGAAAUGGCUUGCAAUGAAAAGCUGGGAAAGUCUGUUGUGGCGAAAGUGGCAAUUCCUGAAGGUGCAGUACUGACGCUUGACAUGCUGACAGUGAAGGUGGGAGAGCCUAAGGGAUUUCCUCCAGAAGCCAUCUUUGAUCUAGUGGGCCAGAAGGUUAAAAAAAGUAUCGAAGAAGAUGAAACUGUCACUGAGCAAGCAGUGAAAAAAGUGAAGUGCUAAACCAAAGCACUCCAUUCCAUAUUUCAUGAUGUAGUACUGCACUACUGCACAACAUUUCAGUAUAGCAGCAUGGUAGGUUAGAAGAAAGGGGUGUAAUUAUGAGCAUCCAAGGAGGUUAGAAUUUUCAAGUUCUCAUUAGCAGGAAGUUUCUGCAGCCACUGGGUAUAAAUUAUGAAGAGCAAUUUUAUUAGAAACUGUAUAGCAUUGUGUCUAGAAAAUACCAUGCUCCUCCUUUUUGCAUUCCACUUAAGCUAGAUUUAUUUGGAGUGUUGCCAAAUCUAAGACCACAAUCUACUGCUUUCCAGCUUCCCUUUUCUUUUAAGAACACACUAAAUCACAAAAAUUUUGUCCACACUUUGAAUUGGUCUAACACUGUAUCUUUUGAUCUUUCUUUCUUUUCUGCUGUUUUCCUCACCCCUGUGAUAACAGGAUGCUAGUUGGUGUUGAAUGCAGAUAAGUGAAAGUUUACAUACACUGAACAGAAAACUGCACAUGCAACCUCAUGGAUCUUUCUCAAGAUGAAAGCCUUAAGAUAAAAAGUCUCAAGGUAAAGCAGUGGGUUGCAGGAAUCCGCACUCUGGGGAAAAUUUAACUCCUUGAGAAAGCGCGGUUCUCAAGAGACAGUACCAAGAAAGGAAGCAAACUGGAUAUGUAGAAAGGUCCCAUUUAAAGGGCAAGAGAAAGAGCCUGUUUGUACUUUUUGUAAACUGAAAGGCAAGAGGGCAAGCCAGACAGAUUAAGGAGGGGGAAAAAUAGAUCUGAGAUAGAUCAGUGAAAAUAAACUUAGGUCAAAAGCCUCUAUUAUGAACUGAGCAAAGCCUGGAAUCUUACAUCAAUUCUUCAGUGCAUUUGGAUACAUCUGUAUCUGGGGGCAACUUCUCGGGUGGGAAGCCAAAUGCUGGUGAAGAUUCAGCGGCUGCCUUCCUGUACUAACAAGCAAAUACACUGGGUUGUUUCCCCCCCCGCCAACACUGGUGUUUGAGACAGCCGAGGCUGGCUGCUUAACUAGAUCACAUCACUGUGCUUCAGCAUAAUAGUCAAUGCUCCUCUUGCUGUGUGCUUUGCUCUUGCAUCACAGCUUCUCACUUUUCAAGUAAGAAAUGCAAUCCCACUCCUAUCAGCCCGCUGCUCUUCCCUAUGUCCUGGAAGGAGCCAUAUGGCAGCAGCCGCAAACCAGGCAUCCCUCAAUUAGCUUGGUUAACACAGGUCUGUUCUGGACUAAUUCAUCUGCACUUUUUUGUGGUGACAUCAUUUACUAGUGAUGAUUAUUUGGAACUUGCUACCUCUUGGUCAUGAGUUGGUGAAGUAUCUUGAAUUUGGUGGUGGUGUUUUUGUACCUGUAAGCUGUUCACUUUCAAAGUGUUUACCCUUCUGCAAUUCUGAGGAAACUGGAUUUGUAUCUUUAAACUGGGAAGGAGACACUCUUUGAAUCAUGUGCUUGCCCAUAUGUGAGCUCUGAUUGAUGCAAUAUGCUUGCCUUUCAUUGAAAAACUACUCAAUUGUUAAAAGAUUUCUUUUUUUAUUUCAAAUUUGAAAAAUAAAUUUAGAAUAUAUAACAAGCUAUUGUUUUUGAGUUUCAACCUAUGAUCAGAUCUUGACUUUGCCAGCACCGGUGAUGAUUCCAGGGCCUUUAGUAUUUAAACCCCGUAAGAUUACCUGACCUGCUUCAAGUAGCAGUGGUUCUUCACUCCAGCAGGGCUUGUCCUAGAGGCUGCUGUAAACACAGGCUCCAAAAAUUUCCAGGACUUUAAUUAAUGUAUUAGGGAAAAAAAUUAAUUAUUCCUAUACAGAAACUUGCAAGCUGUCCAUACAUUUUUAUCCAGCAGCAGUUAAAAGAGCCUUUGCAAGUAGGACACAAAAAUAAAUUAAGCACAAGUGCCUCACUGAGCUAGUGUUUUUAUUGCACCUGUCCGUCCUCCAGGCAUUUCAUCUUCUAUUGAGGGUGAUACACAACUGUUUGUCAUGCUUCCACUCUGUGAGGGAAGAAUAGGGCCACCCAGAAGCCCAGUUCAGAAUCUCACAAAUAAGACCAGCUAAUGGCUAUUAAGCGUGGCUACAGAAGCCCCUACUUCAGCUUUACUUGAAGGGACCUUUACAACAGUUGGUGCCUGUAUUGGGUUUGCGUGGCAAGGUUUUGGUACAGAAGGGCUACAGGAUGGCUUCUGCGAGAAGCUGCUAGAAGCUUCCUGUCCUGGGUUCAGCUAGGAUGGAGUUAAUUUUCACCAGAAGGUGGGAUGGGACGCAGCCAGGACAGGUGACCCAGACUACCGAAAGGGGGUAUUCCAUUCCAUGUGACAUCAUGCUCAGUAUAAAAGGGGGGCUGGUUGGGGAGGGGUGGCAUGGCUCCAGGAGGACGACCCAGCUUCGGGAUGGGUCUGAGUUGUAUGGUCAUUGGGUGAGAAACUGCAAUGUGUCACCAGUUUUGUGUAUUCUGUUAAGUACUGUUGCUGUCAUUUCCCUCUCCCUUUGCUGUCCCAGUAAACUGUCCUUAUCACAACCCACAAGGCUUUGCCUUUAUCUUUCCCUUUCUCCUCCCCAUCCCACCGUGGGAGGUGAGGGGGGUGAGUGAGCGGCCACGUGGUGCUGAGCUGCUGACUGGGGCUAAACCACGACACUUCUGCCAUGUCCGAUAGAGCCAAUGCCACCCAGCUCCAAGAUGGACCUGCCGCUAGCCAAGGCCAAGCCAGUCAGCAGUGGUGGUAGUGCCUCUGGGAUAACAUAGUUAAGGAGGAAAAAAACCUAGCGGGAGCUUUUGCAGCCAGAGUGAGAAGAUAGGAGAAGCUUUGCAGGCACCAAGGUCAGUGCAGAAGGAGGGGCAGGAGGUGCUCCAGGUGCUGGAGCAGAGAUCCCCCUGCAACCUGUGGUGAAGACCAUUGUGAGGCAGGCCGUCCCCCUGCAGCCUGUGGAGGAGGGAUGAUGGGGAGCAGGGAUUCCACCUGCAGACCAUGGAGGACCCUACACCGAAGCAAGUGGAGACAUCUGAAGGAGGCUGUGACCCUGUGGAAAGUCCAUGCUGGAGCAGGUUCCUGGCAGGACCUGUGGCCCCAUGGAGAGAGGAGCCCAGGCUGGAGCAGGUUUGCUGGCAGGACUUGUGACGCUGUGGGGGACACACACUGGAGCAGUCUAGUCCUGAAGGUCUGCACCCCGUGGAAGGGACCCACAUUGGAGCAGUUCAUGAAGGACUGUAGCCCGUGGGAAGGACUCACACUGGAGAAGUUCAUGGAGGACUGUGUCCUGUGAGAGGGACCCCAGGCUGGAGCAGGGGCAGAGUGUGAGGAGUCCUCCCCCUGAGGAGGAAGGAGCGGCAGAGACAACGUGUGAUGAACUGACCACAACCCCCAUUCCCCAUCCCCUGUGCUGCUGGGGGGAGGAGGGAGAGAAACUGGGAGUGAAGUUGAGCCCAGGAAAGAGGGGUGGGUGGGGGGAGGUGUUUUAAUAUUUGGUUUUAUUUCUCAUUAGUCCACUCUAUUUUGCUUGAUAAUAAAUUGGAUUAAUUUUUUC